AUGGGCAACGGCCAAGCCUCCAGCUGCCAGAACUGCAGCAAGAUGGCGGUGGAUGAGGUAGUCAAAGUCUGCACUUUCGACCACGAUGAUGAAAUAAACCAAAACAAGCCGAAAUUUUCCAGUCGUGCGGGUGACAGUCUAGCCUCGAGAAGCACUCGGCAAACCACAACGACUUCCCAGAUGCAAUUGCAAAGUAGUCCUGCUACGAAGAGCUCACUGCGCUACGACCAGUCGGGACGACUGGUUGGAGCUGGAGGAGCUAACAACUACAGCCCAGUAGUGAGGUUCAGCGACGACAUUGAGAGUCAGCUGCACGACCAAGAGAACGACCAAGGCCUGUCAGGACCACGUAGUACUACAGGCUCGUCCAAGGCUUCCGCGGCCGGGCGAAUCUACAGCAAGAACGCACCUGUUCCAUCCAAUUCAGCCACGCAGGUGGGAACAAAACAAAUAAACGAGUUCCACGCCCUUCCGACGCAGAGGCCUUUACCGCUCCCAAAACUGCCGGAGCUGGAUCCGUCUAUUCAAGAAUUGGAAUGGGAGUUCGGAAAAGAGGAGGAUUUUGAGCUCCCCUUGGAAAUUGCGAAAAAACUGGAAUUCGUGGUAGAGGAGAUUGAAGGCGUCGGGUUGUACCAGGGGCAGGUGCAGGUUGUGAAGGGAACCAGGGAUGACGACUUAGAAGGUGCCGACGAGGACUACAAGGGAAGUAGAACGGGGGCAGAGCAAGACCAAGACACGGAUCAGGAAGAAGAUGAAGCCGUUACCAAACUUCGCUGCGGUCAAGGGAAAUGCACCUACUUCAAGCAGGACAUGGAGCUUUUUGAACUCAACGAGAUACAGAGAAUUUCGCAAGAUGCGGCGAAUCCUUUCGCUUUCCUACCAGGAAGUAGAGCAACUGCGGGUGUUGAGCAGGAAGAACAAGAAACAAGUCUUUCAAAACCGAUUCGUCCGAAGCGCGACAUCUACUACAUCGGCCAAUGGUACGACGAUAAACCCCAUGGGGACGGGCUGUUUCAAGAUGAGCUUUCCACCUACCAGGGCCAAUGGCGGGAGGGGGAGAAGCACGGCUUCGGAUUUGAAAAGUACUACGCAAUUGCAGCGUCACCGCAAUCCGCUCCCGGUCAGGCAGACGCGGCAAGCACGCAUGCAGAACAUCAGCGUUCUGGUAGAAACACUACUUUGAUCGAAACAGAGACCUACAUCGGGCAACACUGUGAAGGAGAAAAGCACGGAAAAGGUCGCUACAUUUUCUCCGACGGGAAUACCAAGACGAAAGAAGGACUCGCAACGACGAGAUUCAAGAGUUACUACGAGGGCGAGUUUGAUUCUGACGUGAUCGAGGGCCAGGGGAUGCUGAUUUCGAUUAUCGAGGUGGAGCUGGAAAAGGGUGGUAGUUCAAGUUCUGGAGAGAAAAAUAACACCGCCGCCCUUUCUGACAACGAGGACGUGAAUGCAGUCUUCGAGCAAUUGGAGGAGAUUCGCCAGGACAACUUCCUGCCAACAGCAGCUGCCGUAGGACAAACAACUACGCCCUCCACGCUCGGAACCCUACCAACAACAACCACAGUCGAAGAGCGCAAAUCGCUUUUCCAAACCACCCUCGCGAAGAAGGGUUUGAAGUUUGUGAUCAAGACCCAAACGAUCUACACAGGUCUGUUUGAGGAGAACGAGCCGAGUGGGAACGGGACGGAAGAAGUGGUGGAGGAAGUCUGGCUGGUGGACAUGUCGAAGGGGGCAUCAAAAUCGAAGAACCAGAAAAGCAGUUCAACCUCCAGCAGUAAAAUCCUCCUGGGCACGAAAACCACCACCUACGAGGGCCAGUGGCAGGAAGGCGGAAAACACGGGGUCGGCCGGGAAGCCAUUUGUUGGGAGGAGCAGCUACAUGAUUUGGGGAAGUUAGAUAGCGCAUUUAGUGCGACAAAUGACACAUCUUCAUCAAACGCCGACCAAACUGGUGGCACCAGCAAAACCAUGAACGCAAAAAUGGGCACUCGCACUCGCACCAAAGUGGAAAUUUUCACGGGCAGCUUCCGCGACAACGCUCGGGACGGGCCCGGACACUUGGAAUUGACAAAAUCCGCUGCUGUGGACGAUCCGAAUGUGUUGGAUUUCCAGAAGAAGCAAGUCUGGUACAGCGAAGGGGAAUUAAUGGACGAUGAUGACACAGCGACUUUCUCUCGACCUUCUCGGAGGACCACUACAACAAGGAAAUCUAGUCUGGAAAACCGCGGGGUCUUCGAACGGUUAGAUUCGACGCAGAAAGACUUCAGCACCCUGUACAGGAGUCUAAGUCUUGGAGGGAAAAGCAAUAAAGACGGGAAUUAUCGUAGAAGUGGUCUCGUCGGCGGGGUUCUUGACCCGUCUGGUGCCGACGCUGCUGGUGGGCAGUAUUUCUCAUCGAAAUCGCGGAAGGUGUUUCUACGGGAAAGCGGCGUGGACCCAGAUGAAGAAGACGCCACGACCGCUAUCAUCCGCAGCAUCAGCCGGGAUCGGGAUGACGACAAGAAGGACAAGCGGCGCAAGAAGAGGGAGAAAGUGAAACCAAAACCAAAAAUCAAGCCAAAAAGGAGGAUCAGACCCGGGGGGCUGUAG